AUGGCAACUCAGGGUAUCAAGAGAAAACGUUCUGCAUAUGACGCUUCAUUCAAGCUCAAAGUUGUUGAUCAUGCUGAAAUUCACGGAAAUCGAGCAGCUAGCCGAGAAUUCACUGUACCAGAGACGAAUGUUAGAGAAUGGAGAAAACAGAAAGUCGUCCUGAAAGAUAUGAAUAAAACAAAAAAAGCACAACGAGGGAGACAAGCCAUGUACCCAGACAUGGAGAAGGAACUUUAUGAAUGGAUCAUUGACCAAAGAAGUAGUGGGUACAUCGUCACAUCACUCCACAUUAGACUUCAAGCCCAAAAGUUUUGCAAAGAUUCAAACUUCAAAGCCUCUAAUGGAUGGACACAAAAGUUUAUGAAAAGGCAAUACGCCAGAGAACAAAGAUAGCACAGAAGCUGCCUAAUGAUUUAGAAGAGAAGAUCGCUUCAUUCCAUACCUUUAUAAUCAACCAACGCAAGCAGAUUAAUUUUGAACUUUCACAGAUAGGCAAUAUGGAUGAGACCCCCAUGUGUUUUGACCUACCAGGCAACAGGACAAUUGACAGCAAAGGGAAGCACAUAGUCCAGAUUAGAACCACAGGCCAUGAGAAAACUCAUUUUACCGUUGUGUUAUCCUGUAUGGCAGACGGUUUUAAACUUAAACCAAUGGUGAUUUUUAAAAGAAAGACUAUUCCAAAAGGAGUUAAAUUUCCACCAGGUGUCGUGAUCCAUUGUCAUCCUAAAGGAUGGAUGGAUGAAAAGGGCAUCAUUUUAUGGUUAAAUAAAGUUUGGAAUACUAGACCAGGCGCACUACUGAAGAAAUCCAUGCUUGUAUGAGUUCCAUGCUUGUAUGAGUUCCGCUCACACCUGACAGACACUGUGAAGGACAAACUGAAAAGUCUAAAAACAUUUCAAGCUGUGAUUCCAGGUGGACUAACCUCUAUAGGGAAAAGUGGAUUACCUGGAUGAAAUCCGACGACAAAGAAUUGACUGCAAAGGGAAACCUCAAGAAACCUGGCCUAUCUCUCGUGACAUCCUGGGUUAAAACAUCAUGGGAAGACAUACCAAAAGAAAUGAUCAUCAAGAGUUUUUUGAAGACAGGCAUCAGCAAUAAAAUGGACGGCACAGAAGACGACCUGCUGUGGAAUUCAGACUCAGAAGAAAGCGAAGAAACUGGAGAAACAGAUGUUGCUGCCAACUGGGACACUGAUGAAAAAUUCACUCAAGAAGAAUGGGAACAACUCUAG